AUGGUGGAGGACUUAACAGCCUCCUAUGUUGCUCUGAAAUUGGAGAAUGAAAUUCUGCAGGCCCAUGUGCAAUGGCUUAUGGAAGAAAAUGCUGCCCUCCUGUCACAAAUCUCAGAGCUCCAGAAGCCCCGAGCAGCCAAAGAGGAUGAACCACUCCAGAAGCUCUCAGAGUUCCAGGAUCCCCAGCAACCCUCAGAUCCCCUGGAUCCCCCAGCAGCCUGGAAACUCCAAGAGCCCCUAACCAUCAAGAAGUCCCAGAAGCCCACAGAGUCCCAAGACUUCCCAGCAGCCUGGGAGCACCCAGCAGCCCAGAAGCCCCAGAAGACUCCAAUGGCCCAGGAGAUCCAGAAGCCCCUGGAUCCCCCAGCAACCGAGGACCCCCAGGAGCUUCCAAUGGUCCAUGAGCUCCCAUCAACCAAGGAGGCUCAAGAACCCUCAGAAACCCGAGAUGCCCCAACAGUCAAUGAGCCCCAGAAUUUAGAAUCCUAGGAUCCCCCAAAUGCCCAGGAGUCCCAGGAGGCAGUGGCACACCAGGAGACCUCGGCACGCCUGGAGCCCCUUGAGUUACCAGCUCUCCAGGAGCCUCUGGGUCACUCAGAUGCUCAGAAUUUCCUAGAGCUCUCAGCACCCCAGGAACCCCUGCACAAUCUAAUAACCAUCAAGAUAUCAGUAGCUCCAGAGUUCCCACAGUCCCCCAGUAGGUUAGAGGCUGCAGCUUUCCCCCUAGAAUACCCUUUAGUCUUCAGUGGGCAAGUCCAGAUGCUUCCUGAGUUCCUGGUUCAACUGAAUAAUUACAUGGGAGUCAGAUGGCACCUGUAUCCCACCAAAGCAGCCUUGGUGAGUUUCGUUAGCCAGCAUUUCUCUGGUGAGGCAGGAAAAUGGUUCCAGCCCUUAGUAGAUAUCCAAAGCCCUCAGCUGGAACAAUUUGAAAGUUUCAUAUGAGUGCUCCAGGAUACUUCCGGCAAUUCAGAAAACAUACAAGGUACCAGCCACUGCAUCCUUCAGCUCUGCCAAGGGGAGGAACCUGUUCACCAGUACACAACCCACUUCCAUCUCAUUGCUCAAGAGCUAACCAGGGAUGAAAGUACUCUCUGUAUUCAAUUUCAGGAAGGGCUUUCCAGUUCUUGAUAUGAACUGUCUCACAGAAGCCCAGCCACCAACUUAUUUGAUCUGAUCCCCCAGUGCAUCAGCCUAGAAGAGAACUUAGGUGGUAAGCCUGAUUCCAAUCCAUCAGGAGCAAGCCCCUCUGAAGAGGGUGACAGUCCUGAGAGCCCACCGGUUCAAAACCAGUUUGUGCAGGCUGCAAGCCACCACCCACCCCUCAGUGAAGCUGAACAGGCCCGCUGCCUUGAAGGCCAUUUGUGCCUCUACUGUGGUCAUCCUGGUCAUUUUGCUAGAGAUUGCCCUGUUAAACCUCAUAGUGUCCAGCAGGCGGGAAACAUCGAGGCCCGGGGGUAA